AUGAGUGAAAAAACUGAAAGUUUGAAUGAAAAACCUAUUGGUUCAGGUAAUCCAGAACAAGCAAGUAAUGCUUACUCAUCUGAAAAAACUCAUAUUGAUGACAAUUUACCUGUUGAUGGAGUUUUAGCUAAAUCAACUGCUACUUCUUUAGGUAUUCAAAAAAUUGAAAUUUUAAAUGCUACUUACCAAUCUUUCACUUUAAAAGCUAUUCUUUUAGUGACUGUCUUGAUUACUUCUUAUGCUUAUGCUGUUGAAAGUACUGUUAAAGGUAGAUUAGAAGCUUAUGCUACUUCAUCUUUUGGUCAACAUUCAUUAUUAUCAACUGUAGGGGUUGUUCAAGCUGUUGCUGCUGCUGCUUCUCAACCAACUGCUGCUAGAUUAUCUGAUAGAUUCGGUAGAUUCGAAAUUUUCCUUUUCGCUAUCGUUAUGUAUGUCGUUGGUACCAUCGUUCAAGCAUUCGCCAAAAAUAUCACCACUUUAUCUGCUGGUACUGUCAUUUAUUCUAUUGGUUUUCAAUGUGUUAUUGUUAUCUUACAAUUGAUCUUAGCUGAUUUAUCCAAUUUGAACUGGAGAUUAUUCUUCAGUUUCGUACCUGCAUUACCUUUCAUUAUCAAUACUUGGGUUGCUGGAGAUAUUGUUGCUUCAUUAUAUCCAAAACAUAGUUGGCAAUAUGGUUAUGGGAUUUGGGCUUUCAUUUUCCCAUUAUGUUGUAUUCCAUUAUUCGGUUGUUUCAUUCAUAUGAUCAUCUUAGCUAGAAAGACUGAAGAUUGGAGAAUCUUAAGAGAAAAACAACGUCAAAUCCGUAAAUGGACUUCUUUGUCUGAUAAUAUUGUUAUUGAUGUUUUCUGGGAAAUUGAUACUAUCGGUAUCUUAUUGAUCAUUUGUGGAUUUGGAUUCUUCUUAACUCCUUUCACUCUUGCUGCUGGUGUUGAAGAUAAGUGGAAGAAAGCUUCAACUAUUGCUCCUUUAGUUAUUGGAUUUUGUUUCAUGAUUGGUUUAGCUGUUUGGGAAGCUAGAUUUGCUAAGAAUCCUUUAUUACCUUUCCCAUUAAUGAAAGAUAGAGGUGUUUGGGCUGCUAUUAUUGUAGCUAUCUUUAUCAAUUUCUUAUGGUAUUUACCAAAUGAAUUCAUUUAUACUAUUUUGGUUGUUGGUAUGAACUCAUCAAUCAAAGCUGCUACUAGAAUUACUUCCUUGUAUUCUUUCGUAUCAGUGAUUGUUGGUCCAUUAUUAGGUUUACUUAUCACCAGAGUUAGAAGAUUAAAGGGUUUCAUUAUCUUUGGUGUUUUAUGUUGGAUUUCUUCCUUUGCUAUUCUUUAUAGAUACAGAGGUUCCGGAGGAUCAGAAAGUGAAAACAUUAUUAAUGGGGUUAUCGGAGGUUUAUGUUUCCUUGGUUUCGGUGCUGGGUUCUUCACUUAUUCAACUCAAGUUUCUAUUGCUUCAGUUACCAAUCAUGAACAUAUGGCCAUUGUUAUUUCUAUCUAUUUAGCUUCUUAUAAUAUUGGUUCAGCUAUUGGUUCAGCUAUUUCUGGUGCUGUUUGGACUAACACUUUAUACAAGAACUUGAUCAAACAAUAUACCAAAGCUGGAUUAUCCACAGAUUUAGCUUAUGAUGCUUAUACUGAUCCUUUCACUUUUGCUGUCAAUUAUACUUGGGGAACUCCUGAAAGAAUUCCUUUGGUUUUAGCUUAUGGAGAAACUCAAAAGAUUUUAUGUGCUUGUGCCUUAGGGUUGUCAUUCUUUUUGUUAAUAGAUGUUAUGUUCUUAAGAGACCACAGAUUAGAUAGUGUUCAAUCAUUAGAAUUUGAAGAUGAGAGAGAUAUGGGAGUCAAGAAAGAAGUGGUCGUAAAUGAUUAUGAUGACGAUGUCAUUCUUAAGAGAAUUAAAGGGAUUUUUAAACGUAAUUAG